CCGCAACAGCAACCGCUUCGACUCGUUCGACUCAUCUCAUUCGACUCGUUCCUCUCCUCCGCGCCAUGAUCGGAGAGCUAUACCCAGGUAGAUGAUGCGCGGGACUCUUCUUCGUCGCCUCCUCGCCGCCGCCGCCGCCGCCGCCUCGGCGUCGUCGUCGUCGGCGGCGGCGACGGUGGGUAGAGGAGCGUCGUCGUCCUUCUCUCGCUUCGCGCCGCAUCUGGCUUUCGCCGCUCGUGCCUCGAGAUCCGCGGCGACUCCCGAUGUGGGCGGAGGCGACUUCGUCUUCGUCGAGCCCCUUCCUCCUCCGCCUCCUCCCUCGAGCGCGGCCACCAUGCCCACUCUCCUCCAGCCGCGCGUCGUCAUCUACGACGGCGUAUGCCACCUCUGCCACCGAGGGGUAAGGUGGGUGAUUAAGGCUGACAAGUAUGAAAAGAUCAGGUUUUGCUGUCUCCAGUCUAAGGCUGCUGAGCCAUACCUAAGGCUGUGUGGUGUUGAUAGAGAAGAUGUACUACGACGCUUUUUGUUCAUUGAAGGACCUGAAGCAUACUAUGAGGGUUCCGCAGCUGCACUAAAGGUUGCGUCGUACUUGCCAUUUCCUUACUCCGCAUUGAGCUCUCUGAUGAUCAUCCCUGCUCCAUUGAGGGAUGCAGUCUACGACUAUGUCGCAAAGCAUCGAUAUGAGUGGUUCGGCAAAGAGGAUAAAUGCAUUGUCAUGAAAGAUACGGAUUUGCUCGAGCGUUUUAUAGAUCGGGAUGAGAUGCUGGGUGAUGGGGAUGAAGGCGGCGGCAAUGACGGCAUAGGCCGAUUCCUUUAGUCUCAUUCAGUCUCAGACUUUGUUCAUUCCUAAAUGAGUAUUGCUGCUAUAAGAGGUAUGAUCCGAUAGCCUCUUCUUCUGAAAUUAUGCUUAACAGGAAAAAGUUCUUUAGUUUCUACUGGUGACUCGCAGAACCCCUUCAGUAAAUUGCCAGAAAUAAUUUUCCUAAAUACAUGUAUAGACAGCAAUUUGGUUCUUUUAUAUCAUCCUACAAAAGUUUCCCCUUUCUGAUUUA